UUACUUUGAAAAUAUCAAGCCGGAAGUACUUGGAUACAGAUGCGCUGGAGCUGCAGGACAGGCGUCGGCUAUGGCUGAGACCCACAGCUUACAGGACCUCCAGCAGCCGGCUGUUUCCUCCAAGGUCUUCGUCCAGAGAGACUACAGCUCAGGAACAAUAUGCAAGUUCCAGACCAAGUUUCCCUCUGAGCUGGAGUCUAGAAUGGAUAAGCAGCAGUUCGAGGAGACCAUGCAGACUCUGAACAACCUGUAUGCGGAGGCAGAGAAGAUUGGAGGAAAGUCUUACCUGGAGGGCUUCUUGGCUUGUCUGACUGCCUACACCAUCUUCCUGUGUAUGGAGACGCACUAUGAAAAGGUGUUAAAGAAGAUUGCCAGAUACAUAAAGGACCAGAAUGAGAAGAUUUAUGCUCCGAGAGGCUUACUGCUGACUGACCCCAUAGAGAGAGGCCUCAGAGUCGUGGAAAUCACCAUCUUUGAAGACAGAAGCGUUGGAUCUGGAAGAUAAAACGAUUUUUGCCCACAUGACGACGUCCGGUGACCGCUGUAGCCUUUCCGAUCGAGUCACCUUCACAUCCCGAGGGUCCAACGUGUGUUUUUUCCGCUGUUAUGCGCAGUUGAAAUUGUGAGACCGCAUACUUCCUGCGAAAGAUGAAUCAUAAACCUAUUGAAAAACGUAUGAUCCUAUAACUUAAUAAUGGCUGCUGAACAAUCAUCAGGACUGUGCUGAAACACAGAAAUGUACUCUGUCAUCAGUGUUUUUCUAUUCUGGAGCAUGUUUUUGCUCUAUGUCUUAUUUCAAUGUACAGGCUGGUGACUCCCGAUCUGCUUCACAGUGUAUAUCCAGACCUCCCUUCCCGAAAUACGUGUACUUUUAAUGUGAUCUUUUCUUCCUGUAAUUUAUAAAUACUCUCCUGUUUGCCUUUGUGUAUGUUUGUACAUGCCUUUUCUUGUCUUUUUCUAAUCAAGACGUCUAAAAUGUUGAGCAGACUUUAUAGAAUGUGCCAUUGUGUUCAUUGCCAUCAUCUCCACAUUCAUUACAAGAGAUUUGAGGUAUUGUUUUGAAAAUGUAAAGACGGUUAAUGUGUUGUAAAGUUUUGGCCCAGUUUGCAAUCACAGCGGUUAUGGAUGGUUAAUAUUAACAGUAUGAGGGCUGUGACUUCUGCAGAACCCAUAUUUUAAAUUAUGUGCAAGGGGGUGGGGGUUUUUAGAAGUUGUACAUUUGAGAUGUUUCUGGUUUUGAAGAUGGAGCAUGUUUACUAAGUUGUCCUCUAAAUAACCCCAAUACAUUUUGAGAACUCAUUUCCGUGACAGCAUAUUAGCGAUAUAUUCAGCUUCAGCAUACAUCAUAUGUACCAUCACAAUAUCUGUUAGCAUUAGAAAUCAUAGACAGUUGGAAAGCUCUACAGCAGAUUGUUUAGAUUUUGUUUGUAGUAUACUUUCACAAUUGUCCAUACUGGUCAUGUUUUAUUUAAAUAAAUUGUAGUUACCUGAAAUGAU